AUGGGAACUUGCGCUAGUGGGAAAAGCUCAGGAAAGCUCCAAAGAAGUGUUGCUUAGAAACAUAUAGAGAUCGAUUUCGAAAAGCUAAUGAAAUAUAACAAAGGGAAGGAAGUUAAGGAGAGUAAAGAACAUCUUCAGCAAUAAUAAUCAUUUUGUCAAAUAUUCCUUCAAGAAAACAAACAAUGUACUCCAUAUUCUUAAACCUAAAAUUUGGGACCAUCAACUUAAUUAGAAUACAAAAGAUAAUGA